GACAAUGGAAACUUACUACAGAAAAAGAUCCAGAAAAAUCAUUCAAGCUAAUAUCGAAAUGGAUUACCAGAAAGGGCAAAAGCAAAGCAGUGUCGUUGGUGCAGACACUACAGUACCAGCUUUGGGCAGACAUGAAAACCAACCACUUCUGCCCACAUCAGAAAAUCACUCUACCCUAAAACGCCACGACGACCAUGAAAGUCUGGGUGCGAAGAUGAACAUUGAGAUAGGUUCUAUUUACGAGAUUGAUCAUAUCUUUUUGCCUCCAAGAACCCCAGUUCAACUCAAGUCCAUCCGAGUAGCUAUGGUGAGCGAGACAACUGCAUUGAAUGUGGCAGUCAGGUUCCCGAGCUUGGAGUCACUACACACAUAUUUCAGCAAUAGCACCCGGGAGAUGUAUCCAGCUUUUGACGAGAAGUUUGUCAUGGGAACAGCUCUCGCUAAUAAAGUGCUUCUCCGUCAAGUUCCUUCUCUCGAGUUUGCGGAGAAGAAGCAUCUUCAUAGCUUCUGGUUGAUGAACUCGACUAGUUUGGGUGUUCUCCCAAAGAGUGGAACCUGCUUCUCUCAGCUCAAGGUCAAUGGAAUGGUUACAUGGGGGAUACGUCGCCAAGUCAAGUUUCUAGGGAGACAUGAAGAAAGCAACAACACCAAGUCUUCUUCCAGUUUCGUUCAAGGAGAUGAUAUUCCAAAGGUGGAAGUACCUGCAAAAUCUGAAGAAGAAGAUGAGGAGGAGGAGGAUGAAGAGGAAGAGGAUGAAGUCGGAGCUGAAUCAUUAAAGCAGGAAGAUGAUGAGGAAACAGAGGAGAAUUAUGAGGAGGAGGAAGCUGUAACAGAGAAGACUAACAGGAACCUGAAGAGAAAAAGAUAUAGCUUAAGAGCAACUACAGAGAAACAGGCAAAGAAAACAAGGAUUGAGAUUCAAAGGCAGAAAAAUAAAGUUGCCAAGAAAAACAAAUGCAGGCAGUUGACAGUAUACAAAGACCCCAAAGACCGUUGGUCUACAGAGAGGUACAAGUCGGCGGAGAAGAACUUAAUGGAGGUGAUGAAGGCAAAGGGUGCAAUAGCUACUAACCCAAUUCUCCGGCCAGAGUUGAGAGCAGAGGCACGGAAGAGCAUCGGAGAUACCGGCCUGUUGGAUCAUCUGCUCAAGCACAUGGCCGGUAAGAUUGCACCUGGAGGAACGGAACGUUUUCGCCGCCGCCACAAUGCUGAGGGUGCAAUGGAGUAUUGGUUGGAGAGUGCUGACCUAGUUAACAUCAGGAAGGAGGCCGGUGUUAAUGAUCCUUAUUGGAUUCCCCCACCUGGUUGGGAGCUCGGAGACUCUCCCACUCAACACCCUGUCUGUGCCCAGGAAUUUAGGCACCUGAAAAAUGAGAUUUUUGUACUCAAAAGAGACUGGGAGGACAUGGCCAUUUCCAAGAAACAGUUGGAAAUAGAAGUUGGAAAGCUGAAAAGAAAGAUUGAGGAGCUUGAAUUGAAGAAGAAGCAACAAGAAACCAAAGCUAUUGAGACGUCAAGGAAAGCUAUUCCAUCAAUGGAAAAGUGCAAGAAACAAUUAAUGAUAGCCAAUUCAGAUUUCAUGGCAAAAAUGGAGGAAAAGUUUCUGAACCUGGUCUCUAAACUGGAAGAAAAAGAUAAGGUGAUCACGACAUUAAUGUUGUCGGCUGAACAAUUUGCUGAAGUGAAGAGAAAGGAAGUGGAACAAGGAAGUGAGAAACAUGGAGUGCAAGCAGUAGAUGUAGCAAUGGAGAGAUCAAAUGAUCAGAGCAAGGAGCUAACAGCAAUUAACCCCAGAAAAGCAAAAAAUGCUCCCCCAGCAGCUGAGGGAAAAGCUGCCAAGAUACAAAGGCUCAAGAGUGGCUUCAGACUGUGCAAACCCCAGGGUAGUUUCCUUUGGCCAAACAUGGUCCGCAAGAGUAGCGGUUGUAACUUGUCCCCUCAGGUUGUGGUCCAGGUUGAAGAUCUUCAUAUGGUCCAAACACCACCCUCAGUCUCUUCUUCUACUGCUAUAGCUCCUCCUUCAUUGCUGCCUUACUCUAAUAAUUUUCAUAACAACAACCUAGCUUCCCCUGUCAAGCCUGUCCCUGAAAGACGAGCAGUCACUGUUACUGUCUCCACCAUAUCUAGUGAAACUUGCUAUGAAGCUGGGGAUAACAUGAUGAACUACUCAACUGGAAACAAAACAACUACUCUCAUCAACUUAAAUGAUGUCCCUCAUAACGUUGGUGAAGGAUUUCGCCAAGCCCCAACAUCAAGACAAACUAUAACCACGACAACUACUGUCACACCUCAUACAUUCUCCUCUCCGGUGAAGGGAGUCAAGAUGAGUAAAGCACGGCAAGCUUCAGGGGAUGACAGGGCUAGCCAGGUUAGCAUCAGCAGGGAGGAGUACGGUCAUCAACAAGCAAGCAAAUGCUGUUCUUCAUCUGCCACAUCCUUGCCCCAGGGAGCUGCUAGUUGGUUAGUUCUGGCUACUCCAAGAAACGCUGCCUCAGAUGAGUCCAUCAUUUAGUAGUAGUAACUAAGACUAUUAGGUCCUUGUUUCUAAGCACAAGUUGAAGAUACUGUUUUUUUUGGCCUCAAUCGAGUUGCUUUUCCAUUGGAUGUUUGCUACCUUCUAAUGGUAUCGAUAGGAAUCUAUAUCACACGAUAAGUGUAUGUUUAAUUCUCAGUGUAUUUGUGUUCCCUAUCCCACGUACUAGAAAAACUGAUCUAAUAUUUUCUCUUUCCAUAGUUGAAUUGUUGAAAAUAUAGAGGUUUCUAGCACAUUACGUCUCAACUGUUGUAUGAUAAGAUUAUUAUUAACAGAACAAGGUAU